UGCGGCGCCAACUUGGAUGGUAUCCGAUGUACGCUGAAGUUCAUUUUGAGUAGUAAGGUGACUUGCCUUUCACUUGAUUCAGUUCAGUUUGUUGUAUGUGAAACUCCUAAGCAGAAACGCAUUUUCAUUACAACAUUACAUACAAUAUUAAGGCGCUGGCUGAGUCAUUAUCUGUUUAUCAUCUAUUUUGUUGUUAGCUAUGUUCAUUUAAACAAACGCACGUUAUACCGUUAGUCGUAUUGGAUAUCUUGUUCAGAUUGUUGACAGGAUUGAUAAUUACAGAAUAACCAGGUCGUCUUUGUACGCAUGAUUUCAUUUAGUUUGAGUAGCUACCGAUUUAAUUAAGCUGGGCAAACGGACACAUGACAUGCAAGUACAAUACGUUUAGGAAUUUAUUCAUCUAAAUAAUUAUAUUCAGGAGAAAAACGCAUGGCAUCGAUUUUGGCCAGGACGCUAAAAAAUUAUAAUGGCAAGUGUUUUCUUGCACACUCGUUGCUUUCUUGCCCCGUGAUAUGUGGUAGUCGGACGUCGUUUUACGGGGAGUACAGAAGGGCUGGUCAGCCCCGGGACAACUCUCCACCAUGGAAGAAGAUCCGUUUCAGUUUCGCCAAAGGUGUGGAGGGGGUGCAGAAGCAUUUUGGGCUAUUGAAGGAGGAGAUAUUGGGCCGCUGGGUGGGACCACAAGGACGGCCACUGAAGGAGCACAUGCUAGAACAGACCAGAGUUCAGUGGGAUUUCCGGGGCCCUGACAGUCUCAAACAGUGGAUUGUCUCGUCAGACCAAGAAAUUGGAGGGCGGAGUGAGGUGUACCUGGAACUGAGCAAAAACAUCAGCACCUGUCUGGUGCAUGGUACACUGUGUUCCACUCCCCCGCGGGAUGGAGAGACACGGUACAGCGGAUAUUGCACAUUGUGCUCCAGACGGCUCCUGAGUUCAUUUGACAGGAAGAAGCAUAUUGACUGGACAAGUUUUAACACUUUGCAUCUUCGUAUUCGUGGCGAUGGACGACCGUGGAUGAUAAAUAUUGCGACAGAGACUUACUUCUCACACCAGAAGAAUGAUAUGUACAACUACUUUUUGUAUACAAGGGGUGGACCAUACUGGCAAGAUGUUAAGAUUCCAUUUUCAAAAUUUUUCCUUUCCAGUCGAGGGAGAAUACAAGAUAAUCAGCACCCUAUAUGGCUGGACAAGGUGAACACAAUUGCAUUCACCCUGGCUGAUAAAGCAGAUGGCCCAUUUCAACUGGAAAUUGAUUUCAUUGGCGUUUGCAAUGACCGAGCCCACACAGAGGACUUUGCCUAUGAAUUGUACAAAAGGAACCCAGAGGUUUAAGACACUGAAUUGGCUGGCUUUAGACAUGAGAGUACAACGAACCGAUGUGGUUUUAACCUCUGUUACAGUUGAUAUAAAAUACAGCAAAGAACAUUUUGUGCAGAGAUGCACAAAUAAACAUGCAAUUGCAAAUUGA